UCGAAACGCCUCCAUAAGGAUGUAGUACGUGUCCGUAGAACGGAAUCAAGCACCUCGUAUUUGAUCCCAGGAUAGCGAGCAUUUAGACGGACAGCUGGCCACGCCUAAUCGUUGGAUAUUUUUAUAUUAUUUUCCCACGCCCGAACUAGCACGUGUAUGCACGUUCGUUUACCCCAUGGGAUUAAUCUUCCCUGCUCCUUUGCUGGGAGUUACCACUGAACCUCUUCAGCAUCUCGUAUGGCGCCUGAAAGCUUAAAAUCCAAGAAAACCCCAUGGGCAUACGUGCUCAUUCGUUUGCUAUUCAAGUUCGUUCUGAAGGUAUUCUAUGCCAGUAUCGUAAUCGAGAAUGAGGACUUUAUCCCAGGGAACGGAUGUCCAACAAUCAUUUGUGCGAACCAUGGGAACUCACUGACCGACGCAAUAAUGAUCAUCACCUCCGUAUCAUCUAAGAAACGAAAUUUCUUAAGGAUGACGGCCAAAUCAACGCUAUUCGGAAAACGUACAUUUAGUUCGUGGCUUAUCGAAAGUGUCGGAUCUGUCCCAGUCAAACGUCGCCAGGACAAUCCAGGGGACAAUUCCGACAAUACAUUGGUUCUUAAUAGCCUUGUUCAGGCCCUUGAAGAGGGAGAUGCGAUCUGCCUGUUCCCUGAAGGCAUGAGUAAAUACCAAUCCAAGCUUUCGCCCAUUAAGACGGGAGCGGCUCGUAUUGCCUCAGAUACAUUAUCACGCAAUCUCGCAGAUCCUGAUUUUGAGGUGACUCUCCUUACAUGUUCAAUCGCAUAUGUUCAUCCGUCUCGAUUUCGGAGCGAUGUCUUGGUCACGUUCAAUCCACCCCUCCACCUGCGACCUUCCACCCACCCUUCCCUAAUUCAACGUCCGGGAUCGCCAUUUCCUGCUGGCGCUAUUCAAUCCCUCACAAGACUCAUUCAGACCCAAUUAUCCUCUGGAAUAAUUGAUGCGCCAUCUUGGGAGAUAGUUCAAGUUUCCAAAACAGCCGCAAGAAUGUAUGCUCCAUUUGGUACAAGGAUGUCGCUGGGCGACUGGGUCAGAGUUGUGCGCGCCUUUAUAUGUGGGUUCGCACCCACACCCGAUGCCACAACAAGAAUUGAAGAUGAAGAGCCUAACCAUAAAGGCAUUAUUGGUAGGGAUGCCAUAUCUGUUCUUAUCAGGGAUCUCAAGGCAUAUCAAGGCGCUAUUGAUAGCCUGGGGUUAAAAGACGAUCGUAUCCGCCGGCCAGCUUCUCGACCAUCUCUCCUCUGGCGGCUUAUAUUGCGCCUUGGAUGGCUAGGUGUUCUUUUGCCUAUGGCACUGCCAGGCUUGGUUUUGUGGACCCCAAUAUUCCUCACUGCGUCUUACUACGGAAACAAAAUGAAGCGAUCUGGACCAGUCUCGGACGUGUACGACGAAAUCGCCCAACAGAAACUUAUCUAUGGCCUUCUUUCGGGGACGAUUGUCUGGUUGGGAUGCAUCCUCACGACCUUACCUUUGUUCUGGCUCACAUUUUGGCUCGUCCCUGUUUGGAUGUGGAUGACGCUGCGCUGGACCGAAGAUCUUACAUCCACAUUCCGAGCGGUUCGAGCAAUUUCGAAAAUGCUAUAUUUUCAUCAUGGAGAAUUAAGGAGAUUGCGCCAAAUCAGAGAUGAGCUACAUGAACGUGUUCAUUCAUUCGCAGUCGGGAAUCUUGGCCUACCAGAGGAUCCAGAAAAGUUUUUCGUUCUUGAGCGAAGACGUUCACGAUCUUCUACCUUCGACGGCACUACAAGUGCUACUGAUUUGGAUGAAAUUGCCCAAACCGCCAGACUGAAAGGGCGCGUAGGAGGAAGAUGGGAUGCCAUCCGAAGAUAUUUCUCGAUCGUUCGAAGGCGCAAGCGAGAUUGGAACGAGACAAUCCGUUGGUAUGAUAUGACAGAAUUUCCGGAUGAUUCCACUCAAAUUUAGUGUUCAUGAUGCGAUGGGGUGCAGAGGCCGCCCGAAUACUGAAGAUGAUCUUUCCGUUGGAUGAUAAUUAUGAUCAACACACAUGUAAACAUAUAGACGGUAAAAGCAGAUCUGCCAUGUUCAAGAGAAUACUUUUGUAACAGCGAGUUCAUCGUCAGGAAGCUUCCUUGCUUCCUUUCUGACUUCCCUUUCAUGAGCUUCAUGCUUCCGUCGGCGGAUUUUGGCUGCCUGGUCCCGUCGUACGGAGAUUCGUAUAGAGGCUGGUGUGAUAAAU